AUGAUUUUUGCGAUUGAAGAAAUCAAUAACAGGACAGAUAUACUAACAGGUGUCACGUUGGGAUAUAAGAUUUACGAUGCUUGCAGAGAAGUCCAGCUGGCACUUAAAUCGGCAAUGUCUUUACUGAAUCGGCAAGAAGGGGAGGAUAAACCAACAAGCCAGGCAUCCUGCAUGAAACAGUCCACCGUUCUUGGAAUAAUAGGACCGUCUAGUUCAUCACCAUCGGUGGCAGUGGCAACAGCUCUAGGACCUUUUAACAUUCCUGUGAUUAGUCAUGGUGCAAGUUGUGCAUGCCUCAGCGAUAAAAAAUUGUUCCCAUCUUUCCUGAGAACUAUACCAAGUGAUUUCUACCAAAGCAGAGCCUUAGUAGAGCUUGUUAAAUAUUUUGGUUGGACUUGGGUUGGAGCAAUAAGGAGUGAUGAUGAUUAUGGAAACUAUGGAAUGGCAAUGUUUUUACAAAUUGCACGUGAAAAGGGAGUUUGUAUUGAAUAUUCUGAAGCCAUCCAAAGGACAUACUCGAGAGAAAGACUCCUGCAGACUGUACAAACAAUCAAGAUGUCAACUUCAAAGGUAAUCAUUGCCUUUGUGUCCUUUAAUGACUUGGAACUCCUACUAAAAGAACUGUUCAUCCAGAACAUUACUGGCUUUCAAUGGAUUGGAACAGAUUCCUGGAUUUCUGCCAAAAACCCAUCCAUUGUGGAAUACUACAAAAUUAUGAGGGGAGCACUUGGCAUGGAAGUAAGCAAUGCAGUUAUUCCAGGAUUAAAGGACUUUUUAUUAAAUGUUCGUCCAUCCAACUCUGCUGGCAACACAGGCAUGACUGCUUACUGGGAAUUCCUGUUUAAUUGCACACUGAUGCCUGUAGAGAACACUUCUUAUGCUUCUCCAUGUACAGGUUUAGAAAAUCUAAAAGAUGUAAAUAAUCAAUACACUGACUUAUCCAAUAUUGGAUAUACUAAUAAUGUGUACAAAGCAGCAUAUGCUAUAGCAUAUUCACUUCACAACAUAUUUAAAUGCAAUGUUAUGGAUAAUGAUUUAAAAAGAACAUGUCCUGAAAGAAAUGCUAUUGGGCCAUUGGAGCUUACAAUAGAGCCCAAGGUGCCCACAUCUGUGUGUAGUGCAAGCUGUCUCCCAGGCACUCGUAAAGCUGUUCAAAAAGGAAAACCUAUCUGCUGCUUUGACUGUAUACCAUGUGCUGAUGGAGAAUUCAGCAAUACAACAGAUUCUUCUGAUUGCUGGAAGUGUCCAUUGGAAUACAAAUCUAGCAAGAAAAAAGAUCACUGCAUCUUAAAAGAGACAGAAUAUUUAAUGUUUCAUGAAAUUAUGGGAAUACUCCUUGUGACCUUAUCUUUGCUAGGUGCUUUUCUAACCACAUCUAUUGCAGUUGUUUUCUAUAUUCAUAGAGAUACCCCAAUUGUUAAAGCAAACAAUUCUGAAUUAAGUUUUCUUCUAUUGUUUUCAUUAACCCUUUGUUUCCUUUGUUCUCUUACUUUCAUUGGCCAGCCUUCAGAAUGGUCCUGCAUUUUGCGUCACACAUCUUUUGGAAUCACAUUUGUGUUGUGUAUCUCAUGCAUUUUGGGGAAGACAAUAGUUGUCUUGAUGGCCUUUCGGGCCACCCUGCCUGGCAGUAAUAUUAUGAAGUGGUUUGGCCCAAGCCAGCAGCGGUUAAGUGUUUGUGUUUUUACACUCAUACAGGUCAGCAUAUGCACAGUUUGGUUGGUGACAUCGCCUCCAUUUCCAAACAAAAACAUGAAACACUCCUCAGAAAUAAUUAUUUUAGAGUGUGACCUUGGAUCUGUUACUGCUUUUUAUGUGGUUUUAGGUUACAUAGGUUUUCUUGCUACUUGGUGCUUUGUUCUGGCAUUUCUGGCACGCAAACUUCCUGACAAUUUUAAUGAAGCCAAAUUCAUCACAUUUAGCAUUUUGAUAUUCUGUGCUGUUUGGAUAACUUUCAUUCCAGCUUAUGUUAGCUCACCAGGGAAGUACACCGUAGCUGUAGAAAUUUUUGCUAUUUUAGCUUCCAGUUUUGGUUUGCUUUUUUGCAUUUUUCUCCCGAAAUGUUAUAUUAUUUUAAUUAAACCAGAACAAAACACCAAAAAAUAUUUAAUGAGUAAGAUGCCCUCUUAA